GCUUUUCCUGACGCCCAUCGACACCCUGAAGACCGUUCGGCAGGUGCAGGGCGACAAGGCAACGGACAUCCUGAUGGCAAGGGUCAAGGAGCGUGGCCUCGGCGAGCUCUACGCGGCAUACUUCUUCGUGUUCAACUCGCUGUCCGAGGCCUUCCCGGCGCCCGCGGACACGCCCGCGCGCAUCGUGCGCAACGGCCUGCUCGGGAUGUGCUCGAGCGUCUGCUCCGACGUGUGCUCGAACUCGCUGCGGGUGCUGAAGACGCUGCGGCAGAGCUCCAGAGACGCGGACAAGGGCUACCUCGAGGUCGCCAAGGAUGUCAUCGACAAGGACGGCGUCGCUGGGCUGCUCGGGCGGGGGCUGGAGACGAGGCUGCUCGUGAACAUCCUCCAGGGGACCUUCUUUACCAUCAUCUGGAAGCUUAUCGAGGACAGCCUCAACAGCCAGUGAUGCUCUUGCCCCGCCUCAUCGAGGGCAGCCUCAUCGAGGUCCGCUGCUCCUGCCCACGCCUUCCUCCUCAGCCAGUGACGUGCGGCUUGUGCCCCGUACUUGCCGCUUCCUCCUCUUCUCUCCUCUCCUCUCUCAUCCCUGCACCCCUUCUUCCCCCUCGCCCCCCACCCUCUCAGCCCCUCGCUUCCCUCCCUCCCUCCGCGCCUCCUCCCCUCCUCCCUUCCUGGAGUGUUCAGUGCACUCGCGCGUAA